AUGAGGUGGUCCAAGAAAGGUGGAACGGGGAAGAACGAGAACUUCCACGGCGGCAUUAAUCGUCUGGUCGCAGGCGUUGCUCGUAUCGGUGUGGAGGCAUGCGACGCGAGGCUUCUGCAACGUGUCUAUCGUCACAACCUAGACGUGGACCGCAAGCUUGGCAACACCAGUGAGCAGUCAACUCGGUGGCCUUGGAGGGAGCACGUGGUGAACGAAGCGGUAAGGGGGGUCCUCGGUUCGCUCCCGUUCCCCACGGCGCCUCCCGACUCGAAGAUACCGACAAAGGACUUGGAGCCGACGGGGUUCGAGUACCGCACCGCCAGGAAAGCUGCCGGUCGGCGAGAAGCCAUGAAUGCCGCAGCGAGGAUAGUCGCUGAGCGUCGGGGCAACAACCCGCGUUCUUCGCCGUCGACGACGGCAGGAAGUGCCGCGGGGGCGGGGGCGGGGGCGGGCGCGGGCGCGGGGACGGAGACGGCGCCGUUGCCGUUGCCGUUGCCGUUACCGACAGCAGGAGGCCGGAUGGGAACGGCGGCGGCCGGGGCGGCGGGGCCGGGUGCGGGCGCGGCGCCGUUGUCGGCAAUGACAGCAACGGGUGCCGCUGAGGCGGCGACGAGGUUCGUGCCGCCGUUAUGGUUACGGUUGCCGUCAACGGCGACUAGAGGUGCUGCCGUGGGAGGUGGGAUGAUGGGGGUCGGGGCCAGCACCAGUACGGCUGACCGCCGCAACGCCGGAGGAUCCUUCGGCCAAGACACCUCUUUCGCCAACUAUGGGGGGGGGCGUAAGCUACAUGGUAGACAGCACCAUGGAGGGACAGAAGUCUCUUACCCCGACAACUGA